AUGGAUCCCUUUGAUGGGACCUGCAAGAUCAGUUUUACAAAGGGCACUGCAUUCUCAUUCAAAGGGACAACAAAACAUUCAGUGAUAAAAUGGUACUUCAAGUUGGAAUUCAUGGUGAGAAAGAUCAACUACAUCAAGCAGUAUAUAGAUACACCAUCUUCUCGCUGUGUUUGUUACAGAACUGCAAAUGAUGGCAUUUAUGAGGAUCCUUGGAUUAGAACUACAUAUUUUACACCUACCAGUGAAGUAAUUGAUAGGUGUAAUUCCUACAUAAUCUCAAUCUCACCCCAUUUUAGGCUGACACUAAAGAAGGCUAUUGAUUGUCUGAAAGAACAGAGGAUACCAUAUGACUAUUCUAGACAGAAUUUACGGGUCCAGGAAGAACUUGAUUGUGGAGUGACCAUGUCUUACUCUUUCUUCUGUAUUAACUACAAAGAAGGAAUUAGUUUUGUGGUUGUGAUGUUCUUAGUGAAUGCUAUUAUAAACCAGCACCAGUUUUUGAAUAAGUUCUUUGAUAUAUUAAUGAUGCAGACAAGAGAGGUGAAUGUAACAGCAUUGAAACAUAUAUGUUCCUAUAAGCAUCCUGUGUUUGCUGCAUACAGGAUACUGAAAAUAGUCCAACCAUGGUUGCUGAAGAACCAUAAACUAUGUAAGAGUUCUAAAGGGUCAGAUGAUAGUGCUGAAGUAAGAAAAUUGGCGAUAAACUCAACUAAAGCCUACUGCCUUUUACCAGAGGACAUAAUAGAUUUCUUCACUGUGAACAUGGUAAAUGAGAACCUUGGUGUUAUCUGCAAUGCUCAUGUGAUUCGUGCUGACCAGAGUGAAUACAGUGCCUUGGAUGAGAAAUGCUUAGAAUUGGUUGAGCUUGCAGCCGCGGCUGUUGACUUUACAAAAACUGGAAAGCUUGUUAUGAUGCCCCAAGUGCUUAAACCUAAAAUGUACCCUGAUUUUGUGGGCAAGAGUGAGUCCCAGUUGUACAAGUCAAAUAAGAUCUUGGGCAAAUUCUAUCGCAAGAUUAAAGAUGCAUCAGAAGAAGUGCCAGCAUCCUCAGAGCUAAUCUGUGCUACUGAAGAUAUACCUAAUGAUGCUGAUUUCGAGACCCCGGGGUCAGCAGAUUUCCUUGAAGAUGCCUGGAAUCACAAUUGCACAUAUGAUAAGCAACUGAAUGCUCUUUUGGGGCAGUACAAAGUGAACAAGGAGGAAGAGGUGGUGACAGGGCACAUAUGGUCCAUGCCAAAGCACAAUAGCAGAAAUCAGGGAGAACUGAAAGAGAGGCUUAAGCAUGCCUAUAGUGCAUUAAAGAGAGAGUUUAAGCAAUUUUUUGAGAAUGUGUCCAGAUUCCCAGGAACUUGCGGAUAAUGAAAAGAAACACUGCUUAU